AUCGCCAUCGUUUUCCUUGACGCUUGACGCUAACGCCUUGACACAACAGCACAACACGGAACGGCCUAAUGUAUGUUCAAAGCUGGUGUCAUUCGCUGUAAAUGGUGGAUAAUUGUCAAUAAUUGUGUUGUUUCGAAAUUACGGUAUUGACGUUUUCAAGAUUUUGAAAAAAUAUCGCAGUUAUGGGGCUAUUAAGUUCGCGGAAAAAUACGACUCAUCGUAAGAAUCGAUAGGAAGAAGAGCGCAAAGAUUGUAAAGAAUCAUCGAUGAUGGCUGGACAACUGUAGCAUUUUAGGAGGCGGUUGAUAGAACAACGUGCAGGUUGAUUUCCUAGGAAAAGAGUCAUUCUGCAAAAUUAAGUUUGAGAAAACUUUUUUUUAGCGGUAAUUUUUUUAACAUUAUUAAAAUUUUAUGCGUCAAAGUUGAAGUUAACAAAAAGAAAAAGAAGGAAAAUAAACAGAAACGAAGGGAAGUUGGUACUUCCGACGAAAAUUAUUUUGCAAAAACUAAAAUCUUAGUAGAUACACAAUGGAUUCAACGAGACCGGAGGACAGAUCGCUCGGCAGUGGAUUAUCUUUACCACAAUGGAUGAAAGGAAGAAUCGAUAAUAGAUUCGAUUUCGAUGAUAGUACAUUCAGCCCACCAUCCCAUGACGACAAUUUCUUUUAUAUACGAUAUCCAAAAUCAGAGAACGAAUUGUCGGUUACGCAAGAAUUUCGACCGAUCGAUAAGGUUUUCAGUGAACAGAACAUCAGCUCCUCGGCAAGUAAUACGAAAGCAGAGCAACAACUUGUUCCAGGGAGUAAACGCAGUAACCAGGAGAUCGACUUUAGCAAGCAUCCGUUACCGUGUCAACCGUUUGUACCGAAUUCGACAACUAACAAAGGGAACGAGAUCAAACAAACUUCAAAGGCAUUGCCGAUCGGAAAGGCGAUAGCAAAGUCGCAAGGUAUAGACGAUGGGUUUCACGGCGAACCAGCACUUUGUGGAAAAUCGAUCGUUCUCGUAGCCAAUCAGAUAAUGUCCAACAAAUUCAAUAAAACGUUUGCGGCUGAACAAGCCGAGAAUCAGCCAAAAAAAGGUAGCAAAUCGUUGCCAGCCACUCCAUUGGCUUCGCCAGCUGGAAGUCCCGACAGUUCACCGAAACCACGACGACGCACGCCUUCGAAUCGAUACUUUACAGGCCCUUUUUUCCCCGAUCGAGAAAAAUAUCAAGGAGGUUGGAUCUUGGCAAGUAUAUUGGGGCAGUCCAGGGAAAUCGUUACCGCCAAGAUCGACGAAGAAGACGAAUCCAGUAUCGACGCAUCGUGCUCGUCGCCCCAACCGCCCCCACCCAGAUUUCUAAGUCGAAAGAAAUCUAUAUCCUCCCAAAAUCUUACGUAUGUAGGAACCGACGAAAAAUCAACUGCUGACAAAUCGAUCGUCUACUCGAACGUAUUCCAAGCGAAGCCAUCCGAAUUAAGAGAAAUGAAUUUUUGGUCUCCCACGUCCAUGUAGACGAAUACACAUUUUUUCUCACGCUUUCUUUCCCUUUGCAAUAACAACAAGCGUUCCCGUUUACUCGUUGGUACUCGAUAAGGCUUCGCCGAUCAUUAGAUGCAGCGAAUCCACGUCUUCGUUUCUUCUUUCUCUUCUUUUCCCUCUUGUUUUAGGAUUGUGUGCAUGUUUGUGAUUCCUAUUGCGAGACACGCUUCCGUUCGCAUCUAUCGUAGUUAAUAUUUAGCAAUAAUGUAUUCUCGAUCUAACGUGCCUUUAGUUGUUGCGUUGUUACUUGUUGGACAAUUUCGAUUGUGCGCAAACAUUGUACAACACGUAUAAUGCUAUAGACGAACGCCAAUGAAUUGCCACACGAAGAAAAAACCUUUUCAAAUUUUCCAACGAGGGAGGCGGUCUCUUUCGUUUUUUUUAUUAGAAAAACGCAUCGAUUACUCGCCUCUUCCCGUUCCUUAGUCGAUUGUUUUAUUUAAAUAUCGAAUGUUAAAUGAUACGAUAAGAAAAAGAUGUAUAUCGCUUAGGUCCACAUGGUAUUUAUUAUUAUUAUUAUUAUUAUUAUUAUUAUUAUUACUACUACUAUUAUUAUUAUUAUUAUUAUUAUUAUUAUUAUUAUUAUUACUACUACUAUUAUCAUUGUCCAUGGCACGAGUUGUUAUAGAACCCAUAAAACAGAUUAACAUUUGGGGAAUUCAUGUAGUAGCAUAUCUCUUCCAUGUUUUACCGAUCAAGUAUCUCGCAUACGCGUUUCGUUAUCGUACGGUGGCAAAGUCGCGUUUUUCGUGUUAUUCAGAGCGUAGAUAGUUUACGGUAGAUAGUCUACACCGAAGUAUACAGCAUCGAUGAGAGAGAGAGAGAGAGAGAGGGAGAUCGAUCGGUUACGGUAACGAAACAUAAACAAAAAUACAAAUAUGUAUCGUACAGAUCGGAUAUGGAAGUUGCAUGCUACGACCGAAUCCACGAAUAUAAGUUACCGCGUUGGGCGAUAUAUCGAGACAUCGGGUUGUCACGGUGGAAAGGACGAAUCUUACACAUUAUUAUAAUAUACCACUUUGUCAAACUGUUAACAACAAAAGCACCUGCGGCUACGAAUUAUACAGAAACUAACGAUUUGUAAACUGUAUCGAAUUCCCUGAACAAGUAAUAAAAUCAAAAGAGUAUCGCAUGCCAGUAA